UUAUAAAACUUUAAAACAAAAUAUUUUCUAUAAUUUUUUAAAAAAUUAAUAGUAUGAUUUUAUAAAUGUAGAUUUUUUAUAUUUAUUAUAAUAUUAUAAUUUUUAAUACUUUUAUAAUUAUAUAAAAUGUAAAUAUUGUUAAUUUAUUAUUUAAGAGCUGUUGUAUUUGGUAGUUUACCAAUCAUAAGAGUUCUGCAAACGCACCAAUUUCUAACCGUAGUACCAGUCGUACAAAUAUCUAAAAACGCUUAAACCCGCAACCACCCGCAUCCUCAAACUUCCGCAACCGCACCCGCAACCGGUGCGGCUACACCAGUCAGGCCCUUAGCAGUUAAUUAAGAAUACUUAAGCUAAUUAAUUUUGUAGAAAAAAUAAAAGUAAAAAUCUAAAUUGUAAAGCAUAUAUAAAAAUGAAAUAAUACAUAAAAGUUGUAUAAAAUAAAAGAAAAAAGUUACAAGUUUUGAAAUCUAAAAAAAUAAAAUUCCUAAAGAAAGAGUUAUUUCAUCUUGUCCAUCAUAAUUUGAUUUAUUUUCUGAGUUUUCGCCACUUUCACCAUUUACCGCCAUUUGAAGAAGGAUUGUAACAUUUUUGGUCUCGAAAGCUGAUAUUGGCUCAUUUUUGUUUUUCAACUACUCCACAAUCUCAGGAUCACUAUACAAGUUUUGUGAAGAACAAGCAAAGCCAAGCCCUUUCUCAAAAGGCAAGUUUAUACUACCACAUAGUAUUUUCAAAUUAUCCCCAAAAAUAAUGACUCUAUUUCGAUAUUUGGUUCAGUCAGUUUUUUGUUGAAUUCUAAAAUACAUUCAGAAAUAUGGUUUAUGUUUUUGGUGACUUGUUGAAAGAGUUAUCUAAAAAGGCAAAGUCUAGGCUCUGACUAAUUACAAAAAAAUGGAUGUUUUAUUGAUGAUAAUAUCGAGAGUAAACGAUGAAUACAAAGAAUAUCUGAAGACAAGAAAAUAUGACUGUAUGGAGAAUAUAGUUUAGCGAUGGAGAAAAUUGGAUCUCCAUUUCCUGACUUGUCAUCCUUCUUUUAUAGGUCUUUGGAGGCAUAUACAUGAUCUCGACGUGGAUCAAGUGUCUUUAUAGUGGUCUUUAAUGCUUUUAAUGUCCUUACGUUAUGUUUUGACUACCCGAGGUAGUCGUGUUAGAAUCUUCUAGCCAGCUGGGGUGGACCUUUGUGGACAUAUGGUUCUUUCUUAGGCUUUGAUGGGGUUUGAUUUGGGAUUUACUACGUUUUGAUUUAGAUCUUGGAGGGAUCUAGAGCGGGUGAAAAAGAGGCUCCAACCAUAUCCCCCACCCCCGGAGCCUGACGUGUCACAUGUGGUUAGGUGAGUCGAGUAUCAAAUCCAACUUAAAUGACGUAUUUGAGACCGUUGGUCUGCUCAUUCUAAGUUCCGGUUGGAGAUUCCAGUUGGAUUUCAUUCAAGUUAAUUACGGAAUUUUGAUUAUCAAACACGUUUUUCGAAAAUACAAAUCGUUUUUGUCGUAGAAAAUUAUUGCGUUCUUCAGGGUUUCGAGCUUGAGGCAUAAAACUCUUUAUUUUCUUAUAUCAAAAGCUAACUCAUUUUAUUUCAUUCUCGCCUUCUGACUUCCUUCUCUUAUCGUGUUUCUGUUUCUUGAUCGAAAUAAAAUUGAUGUCAUCUUCCGUGAUAAAAUGGCGAAUGACCUUCUUCCUGCUGUUCUUUUGAAAGUGGCGGUUCCAGUUUUGUCGUUAGAUGACGACGUACCCAUCGCUCGCCGUAGGAGACCGGUAGUUAGUUUUUUGUCUGAAUCAAGCGCUGAUGCAAUGCUAACCCUAGCGGGGUGGUUUCUUAAAGGGAUCUCGGCCUCUCCUCUCACUCGAUGUUCCUUACUUGGAAGUCAUUGAGUUAGGAGAAGUCUGUUUCCGAUUUGAGAAGGGAUUUUAGGAUUUCUUCUGAAGUGAAGUUUCGUUUACCCCUAUCUUCCGAGGUUUUUUAAUCUGCUCCUCUGAGAUAUCUUAUCAUGUAUGGGUUGUUUUUGCAUGAGUUUCACUUGUGGUUUCCGCUUCCGUGCCUUUUGUUGCUCUAAUGCCACAUAUGUGGUGUUGCGAUCUCCCAGCUAGCCAUUAAUGGUAUCUGUGUUAUAGUUGGCCUUGCCAUUCUGGCCGGAGAGCUUGGGCAAACCAUGAGUCCUGAGUUUCUUAAGCCCGUGACUACCUUCAAGUCGAUACUCAAGAAAGCCGGUCACAUAUAUAAUGACGAAGGAAGGUUUUACUGGACUCAUCAGCAGUAUUACCAGGUCACAUAUAUAAUGACGAAGGAAGUGAAUACAAAUUUAUGAAAGAGAUCGCCAGGGAUGUGUGUGAGAAGCUCUAUCCAACGGAAGAGAUCGGGAUCCACAGGCGGCAAGAGGAGAUAGAAAACUUGCUAUGCAAGCAACCAUGGGGCGUCCGCACUCUAGGUAUUUUUGGUAAGCCUGGUAUUGGCAAGACGACUUUGGCUAUAGCCCUCUUUCGCCAUAUGUCUGGUGGUUAUGAUGCUUCUUGCCUCAUCAAAGAUUUUGACACAAAAUAUAAUGAGAAGAGACUUACUGCUUUAGAUACUGACUACUUGAGUGAGACUCCAAUGGAGAAGUUUGACCUAAACUGUAUUGAUUCAAAGCCGAUCCUCCGCAAGAAAAGGGUUCUUAUUGCUCUGGAUGAUGUGCAAAAUGCUCCGGAUGCAAAGUCGUUUCUUGGUGGAUUUGACAAGUUUGGUCCAGGAAGCUUGAUCAUCAUAACCUCCCAAAAUAAACAAGUUCUAGAGGAGUGCCAGAUGAGUGAGUUUUAUAACCUUAAAGGUCUAAAUGAUGACGAAACUCUGGAGCUGUUCACAAGGUGUGCCUUUGGAAAUAUUGUCAUAGAAGAAAAUCUUAUGGAUCUUUCAAAGAAAGAGAUUCAGAGCAGCAUGAAAAUGGUGGAAAUGGUAUCGACAUUGCCUGAUGUUUGUGAAGUACUCAUUGCAGAAAACAAUUAUAUACGGUUGAUCCCAUAUGAAGAAUACAAUGAGGCCCAAGAAAAUAAGGAGUUCCAAUCUGAUAACGAUGGUGUAUUGGCCACUAGAGAUACAGAUCUCAUAACACUGACCACAUCAGACUUAUGCUCCAAGUCUUAUCCUCAGAAGAGCCUGAGAGCCAGACUUUACAACCGCUUCUCCAAGUCCAUACCUCGUAAUCUAAGGCUUUACCGAUUGGAUUAUAACUCCAUGAUCAGAUCUUUGUCUGAACACUUUCAAAAGCACCAUGUUCUAGUACAAGGAGUUUCUAGUCAACUUCAGAAACUUAGUCAAAGCUUUUCAAACUCACGGGACCACGAUUUGCUAGAGCAAAAUCUCCAACGUCUACUUACUCUCUCUGGUGGUUGCGACAGGAUUAAACGUGUUCUAGAUUUUCUAAGAAAAAUUAGAGAAUUGAAUCUUAAAGGGGAAGAGAACUGAAGAUUAAACUUGACCGAGAUUAUGCUAAUGGCAUGGGCCAAUAUAUAUCGUAUUAAACUCAAGUUGGAUAGAACUGGAAAGAAAAAAAACAUGUCCAUAAACUGUAUAUAUCCAAUUUCUUGAAAUCUUUGUCAAAUAAUUUGGAUUGCUAUAUAUCAAUAAGUUGUAUAACAUGUAAAAAUGACUUAUGUUUAAUAUCUGGAUAUAUGUUAAUUUGAACA